GAGACGACGUCUUGGCAACUCAAUGCUGUUGCGGAUCUUGAAACCUUCCAUCGCCCAUGCUUCAGGUACAACGGUCUUGGCGUCCCAUCGGGGAAUCCGGCGGAACAUGAAGGAGAAAGAUGAGGCUGCGAAAGGAUGUUAGACAGCUAUGGAGUGAAUUUCGGCGGGACUCUGAAAGAAUUGGGACCUUUUGGAGUUGUCCGCCUCGAGAAGCUCUUGGAAGAUGGAGACGAUGAGAGACUCCCCUCACCCAAAUUUGGCCCCCGGCCGUCGAUCUCGGGCGUCGAUAGUCCUCCGUAUUCCGAGUGCCACUCUGGGGGUUCCGUUUCUUGAAUACGAUGCGACGGCGUUGGCCAAGCGGUCUAGCACGGCGGCGCCGUUCUCAGUGCGCGCAAUCCGUAUCUCCGUCUUUGCCAAAGGGACUUUAGCAGUUCAGCUGGGGCAAAACACCAAAAACUCUUACGAGACCAGACCUUUGACGAUGCGCCGCCUGACGUGGCCAUGCAUCGUGACGAAGAGCAGGGAACAUCGCUACAACUUUCCGGCUGACGUCAAGGCCGUCGCCCCGCGGGAGAAACCAUGUCUCGUCAGCUCACGGGUUGCUCCAUGUCUCGGUCUGAAUUUCAGAAGAAUAGUUAUCCUGGAGCUGGUGUGUGCCGCUGCUGUCUUGGGGUGUCCCACACCGGGCCCGCUCCAAGGCGACGAGCAUCACCUCCCCAGAUAUCAUCGUGCACCUUCAGCGUCGCAUUGCAGCUGAGAAGUGUUUGCUUCAAGCCUAAAGGUGGUCUGAAAAAAAAAAAAAAAAAAACAGGGACCUGUCACUGGGCCUGCGGGCUGACGAGCGUUUGGUGUAGUU